GUUGAAUUUUUUGUUUCCGUUUUUAAGCCCUGGACGUCAACCUUUUUCUACAUUUGAUGUCAACACUCUUCAGCUAUCCGCAAAAGAAGACAUUUUCAUAAUAUUCUUCUGAAAUGGAUAUACUUAAAGCUGAAAUAGCAAGAAAGAGAAAACUUCUAGAGGAAAAAGAGCUCAUUGAUGACUCCAAAAAAUUCUUCAAAAGAGCUGAUCUGGCUCGCAAGGAAAAAGAAGAGUACUUCAAACGCUGUGGAUUAAAGGUUCAGGCAGAGACUCCCGAGAGCCAGAUUGACAAGAAUGAGGAGAAUGAACCCUCUACUUCUUCUAAUCCAGUAUUGGAGCUGGAAUUGACCGAGGAGAAGCUGCCGAUGACUCUGUCCCGACAGGAGGUUAUUCGACGGCUUCGAGAACGAGGUGAACCGAUCCGAUUGUUUGGAGAAUCCGACUAUGAUGCCUUCCAGAGACUGAGGAAAAUUGAGAUCCUCACCCCAGAAGUGAAUAAGGGAUUGAGAAAUGACCUGAAAGCAGCCAUGGACAAACUUGACCAGCAAUAUUUGAACGAGAUUGUCGGUGCAACGGAGUCGGGGGAUGUGGACACACAACAUGACCUGAAGGUUCACGAAGAAAACACCACUAUGGAAGAGCUGGAGGCUCUUGGGAAAACGUUGGGUACAGGCGAUGAUAGUGGAGAUCAGGACGUUAUCGCCAAAUUUUUAAGGUUUCUUCUUGGUGUUUGGGCCAAAGAUCUGAACAGCAGAGAAGACCACGUGAAGCGCAGCGUUCAGGGGAAAGUGGCCAGUGCCACACACUCACAGACCGAGUCUUAUCUCGAGCCUCUCUUUAAAAAGCUCAGGAAGAAGAAUCUACCAGCUGACAUUAAAGAAUCCAUCACAGACAUCAUUAAGUUCAUGUUGGAGAGAGAAUAUGUCAAGGCGAAUGAUGCGUAUCUACAGAUGGCCAUUGGUAACGCUCCAUGGCCUAUUGGUGUGACUAUGGUUGGUAUCCAUGCUCGUACUGGGCGUGAAAAGAUCUUCUCCAAACACGUGGCCCACGUUCUCAACGAUGAAACGCAGAGAAAAUACAUUCAGGGAUUGAAGAGGCUAAUGACCAUCUGCCAGAAGCAGUUCCCGACUGAUCCAUCCAAGUGUGUGGAGUACAACGCUCUUUAAUAAUUGAAUUUAUCGGACUUUUGAACCAAACACACAGUCACAGUAAAUGUUUUUGCUAUUGCAGAACAGAAGUUGUGACAAAAUCUUUGUUUUACAUGUUUGUCAUAUUUAACACGUUUGAGUAAAGCGAAGUUUAACUCUGAGUGGUUGUGUUAGCCAGCAGGAAUGUUCCACCUAAGAGAAAUUUCUGUAGUUUGGCUUCUUUAUAAAUCAAAUCAAGCUUUUUCAUGUGCAUAAAGCACCAGGAAGUGUAAGUUUUAUUACACCUGUAAUAUUAAACAAUAAAAUGGAUCAUGCUUA